AUAAGCCCGAAAUAGUCCCUUAAGUCCUUCAACAAAAGAACUGUUGCAGAAUCAAUGAACAACACUCACCUCUUUCCUUCUUCUUAUGAAAUUCCCACACUUUCCAUUCAUAAAAAAAAUCCAAUCUUUCCCUCACUUUCACAAGCUAUUAUUUUCCUCACAACCAAAAUGGAACUCAAACCAAAACCCAAAUCUUGUAAUCACCCACCCAACUCUUAUCCUCAUAGAAUCUUGCAAGUCAAUAUCACAACUAAAGCAAAUUCAAGCCAAAAUGAUACACACUGGCAUAAUUUCUCACAUUUUUCCAAUCAGUAGACUAAUAUCCUUUUGUGCUUUGGAUGUUAAUGGUGAUAUACACUAUGCAAAUUCUUUGUUUUCUGAAAUUAAUGAACCCAAUGUGUAUAUUUGGAAUACUAUGAUUAGGGGUUAUGUUAAAAAUCAGCUCUUUGAAAAGGGUUUUUGGGUUUUUAGGAGAAUGGUAAGGGAAAAUGUUGAAAUGGAUAAAAGAAGUUAUGUUUUUGUGUUGAAAGGGUGUAGGGUUUUGGAGGGGGUGGGGGGUUCAGUGCAGUGUAGGAUUUGGAAAGUUGGAUUCUUGAAUGAUUUGAUUGUGAGGAAUGGUUUGAUUCAUUUUUAUGGAGAGAGCGGGAAAGUUGUCGAUGCCCGGAAGGUGUUUGAUGAAAGUCCUGUGAGGGAUGUGGUUACCUGGACUAGCUUGAUUGAUGGGUAUGUGAAGAGGAAUAUGGUUGAUGAGGCGUUGGGGUUGUUUGAGUUGAUGUGUUCAAAUGGUGUUGAGUUUAAUGAUGUUACGUUGAUAACGGUGUUUUCUGCGUGUUCGUUGAAGGGGGAUUUGAGUUUGGGGAAAUCGAUUCAUGAACUCGUGGAGAAAAGGGGUGUGAAAUGCAGUCUUAAUUUGAUGAAUGCCGUAUUGGAUAUGUAUGUGAAGUGUGGUUGUUUGCCUAUGGCUAAAGAGAUUUUCGAUAAGAUGGAAAUAAAGGAUGUCUUUUCGUGGACAAGUAUGAUCCACGGUUAUGCCAAAAAUGGGGAGGUAGACAUGGCAAAAAAGUGUUUUAGUGAUAUGUCUGAGAGAAAUAUAGUUUCUUGGACUGCGAUGAUUGCGUGCUACUCGCAAAAUAAUAGACCUUGGGAGGCCCUUGAACUCUUUCAUGAAAUGGAGAAACAAGGUUUGGUUCCCAUAGAGAGCACUUUGGUUUCUGUGCUCUCUGCUUGUGCUCAAUCUGGUUCUUUGGAUUUUGCUCGACGAAUUCAUGAUUACUAUAUUAAGCAAAAACGGGUUAAAUACAGCGUGAUCUUGGCAAACACAUUAAUAGACAUGUACGGCAAAUGUGGAAGCAUGGAUGUUGCUCGAGAGCUCUUUCACGAAAUGCCAGAAAGAGAUUUGGUCUCUUGGAAUUCAGUAAUCGUAGGAUGUGCUUCUCAUGGGCUCACCGAGAAGGCCCUCGCUCUUUUUGAACAAAUGAAAUGUACGGGAUUCAAGCCCGAUAGCAUCACAUUUGUGGGUGUUUUAUCGGCAUGUGCUCAUGGUGGAUUGGUCAAUCAAGGCUGGGAAUACUUUAGGAGCAUGGAAUUAAAUGGAUUGUUGGCCGAGGUGAUACACUACGCUUGCAUGGUUGAUUUACUUAGUAGAUCUGGGCAUCUGAAAGAAGCUUAUAAUUUUAUAAAACAAAUGCCAAUGGAACCUGAUAAAGCUGUUUGGGGUGCUCUUCUUAAUGGUUGUCGGAUGCACGGAGAUGUUGAGCUGGCCAAGGUCGCCGCUGAGAAACUUAUAGAAUUAGAUCCUCAAGAUAGUGGUAUUUAUGUGCUUCUGGCAAGUCUGUGCGCUAAUGAGAGGAAAUGGGCUGAUGUUAGAAUGGUUAGAACUUUGAUGCGAGCUAAAGGCGUCAAGAAGAGUCCAGGAUAUAGUUUGAUAGAGGUCGAUGGUACUUUUUACGAAUUUGUGGUUGCUGAUGACUCGCACCCCCAAUCUCAGGCAAUAUAUAAAAUGCUCGAUGAGAUUAUGCUCCUCUCUAAAUUGGAAGAGUAUGGUUCUGAUGCGGAACCUGCUGAUGAAUUCUCUUGAGAACAACCAUAACCAAUGCACUGUGAUCCGAACACUAAGUUUGAAAUCCUCUGGUCAGUAACUUGUGAGUUAUCCAUUUAACAACGAAGCUGGUAAAUACUAAGACAUUUCACAGAGCUGGCCUAUGGAGAUUGCUGCUAGUUUAAAGGAGGAAUCGUCCUAAGUUGAGUCGUUGGAAGGAAUCAGAACAUGGAAAGACAAUAUUUCUGCUGUCUACACGAAGAUAAAACACAUGUUUCAGUGCACCAAAGGAGUGGUAGAAAGCUUAAGUUUGGAUUCACUUCUGUGCCUAGUUAGUCUUAUUUGUCUUAAAUCUUCAAACUCAAAACACAACUAUGACACAACAAGAAGGGAGGCCAAGAUACAACCACAUACUACAACGAGAGGUUGACAUUGUGAGAUAUGUGAACUCCUCAUCAAACCUCCAUUCACAAGGUGUUGAAUGACUAAUGCAUUCGUAGUCGGAUCGAAAGGCGACGAAAGUUCCCAUGUUUGUGGAGCAAUUGUACAUGGUGGAAGAAGGGAAGAAUUUCCUGAUUUCGACACUGAUGUUGAAACUUCCCAUUUUAUUCAGAUGCCUAACUUCACCAUCGUCGUCGAAGGAGAAGCAUCGGAUGCUUAGGUAAUUUGUGUGGUUAUUGGUUACGACAACAGUCUUUGUGUCUGGAAAUCCUGCUGCUACAGUUGAGACAUCGAUCGCGAAGAACAACAACAUUGUCAUGAUUGUUGUUGUUGAGGUGAUAGUGGCUAUAAAUGUUGCUCCUUUCAUGGUAUAUAUAUUCCUCCUGAAAUAUCAAAAUGUAAAAGAAGAAUAUUUUAGGAGAAAUAUUUAUGAAUCCUAAAAAUGGAGAGAGAAAGAGAGAUGUUUUUAAAUCUGUUUUGUUGAAUGAUUAAACCUUUCCAUUACUGCUGCAUAUAUAUAUAUAAAAGAAAAAAAAAAGUAAGAGGGAUAGAGUUCUUGUAGGA